AUGAAGGGAUCUCUAUUUAUUUUUUAUAUAUUGUCCAUUGUUUUUUGUGCAAUAUUAGGAAUUGAUUAUGGACAACAAUUCACCAAAGCAGUACUACUCGCACCAGGUGUACCGUUUGAAAUUGUAUUAACUGAUGAAGGGAAGAGAAAGGACUUAUCAGGUUUAUGCAUUAGAAAAGUAUCGAAUAAUGACUUGGAAAGAGUAUACGGAUCUCAAAUGGGUUCCUUAGUAACCAGAUUCCCACACAAUUGUAUUUUGGAUUUGAAGCAAUUAUUAGGAAAAAGCAUAGAUGAUCCUUCAGUGAAUCAAUAUUUGAAAAAUCAUUUUGUUAAAUUAGUUGCAGAUGAAGCAAGAAACGGAAUAAAAUUUGAUUUAGGAUUUAAUAAUUCGACUUUAGAGUUUUCAGUCGAAGAGAUUUUGGCUAUGAAUUUGAAUGAAAUCAAAUCCCGUGCGUUGAAUGAUUUGGAAGCAAAUCCACAUGCGGCUGCAUUAGUUGAGGAUGUGGCAGUAUCGAUUCCUCCUUUUGCGUCCCAAGCUGUCAGACAAGCUUAUUUGGACUCCUUGGCGUUGGCCAACUUUUCCAAUGUUUUGGGAUUAGUCGAAGAAGGUACUUCUGUUGCCUUGAAUUACAUCACCAACAAGAAAUUGGAUAAAGAUCUGUACGACAAUGUUAAACACUAUUAUUUGAUCUAUGAUGUUGGUGCAGGAUAUACCACGACUACAUUGUUUUCGUUUACUCCAAAAUCCAUUGGGCAAUCUGUAUUGGAAAUUGAAAGUAUUGGCUAUGACGAAAUGCUUGGAGGUAAAACAUUGACCAAUAGUGCUUACUCAUUAGUGUUGGAAAAGUUCUUGAAUCAAUUUAAUUUAGAAGAAUCCGAUUUAACUGACAAAAUUGCUGCAAGAUUACAAGAUACUGCCGAAAAAGCCAAGAUAAUUUUAUCUGCCAAUAGCGAUUUUCAAACAACUUUAGAGUCUGUUUAUAAUGAGAAAGAUUUCAAAUUGUCCAUUACGAGACAAGAAUUUGAAGAUAUCAAUGCCGACAUAAUGAAUCACAUUGCAGACCCGGUGUUGAAAACCGUCUUGGAAGCUGGGUUGAAGGUGGACGAUAUUGAAUACGUUAUUUUGAAUGGUGGAUCUACCAGGGUUCCUUUCAUCCAAAAACAUAUUGCCACUUUAGUUGGUGAGAAUAAAAUCUCGAAAUCAGUGAAUACGGAUGAAAGUUCUGCCUUAGGGACCACAGCAAAAGCAUUGAGAUUAAAGGCUGGCGUCAGCAGCGGUAAAGACAUGAUUUUAUUGGAAAAAAGUUUUUCAAAUUUUGAAGUUGGCUUAAAUGAUCAAGAAGAAACUAAAGUCGUGUUUGCAAAAGGUGCAACUAUAGGAAAUACCACCAGAGUUCAUUUAGGGAAAAUAAGUGAGGACAGGAUUGCUAUCUCGUUAUAUGAAAAUGGCGCUUUAAUUAAAUCAUACAAUUUUGAUGAUCUUUUAUCCAAAGCAAAAAAGUUGGACUGCAAAUUAAUAGAAGAUAAGAAUAUAUUUGGCAAGCUCUCGUUGGAUAAUAACAAAAUAUUUGACUUAGUUGGUCUUGAAGUCGAAUGCUCUUCUGGAAAAGAAGGAUCCUUUUUUGAUAAAUUGAUGAAGAAGGGUCACUCCGAAAACGAUGAAGGUUCUGAUAAUCAAGAAGAGUCAACACCAGAAAAUUCCACCAACUCCACCAAAAAUUCUAACUCAUCAAAGAAAGUGAGAUCUCCAAAAGUCAUUUAUGUUCCAGUUUCCAAACCAUCUUACCCUCAUAUAAAACCUAUUGGUAGAGUUGCCAAACAAUCAUUAUUGGAUAAAUUGGCAUAUUUGAAAGCUCAAGAUGAGCUUAAGAUUGCUACAGAUCACAUCAAGAACGAAUUAGAAGGUCAAUGUUACAAAUUGCGCGAGUUCAUUGAAACACAUCAUUCAGAAUUAUUACAGGAAUUAUCAGAGCAAGAUCUUGAAGAAACAACAACUUUUGUCGGUGAUUUGAUCGAGUGGUUGGACUUUGAAAGCGAUGAUUCGACAUUAGAUGAAUUAAAUUCAAAAGUUGAUGAAGUGAAUAGCAAGUUUUCUGAAGUGAGAAGAUACAAGGAAAUUGCAACCACUGAUUUGUCUAAAGAAGGGUUAAAGAAAUUAUACGACGAUAGCUCAAAUUUGAUUAUGAAAAUUCAGACAAGUAUGUUGGAAUUUGGCACUAAGAUCUCCGAAGUGAGGGAAAAAUACGAAGAUGCCGGGCUCGAUUUUGAUAAAGCAAAUGAAAGAAUCAAACAAAUACUUACUGGUAAGGGAGAAGACAAAAUGUUAUCUUUUGAUAAAACUUUGAAAAGCUACAAGCAAGUCAUUACAGAAAUUGCCAAAGUUUUAGAAUACGAUGACAAAGACUUCUCAAAAGUGGCCAAAUCUCAAUUAUACUCUUAUCAUGAGAAAUUAGCAAAGGGUGUUGCAGAUAUGUUUGCCGAUGUUAUAUCAAUUGAGAGUCUUCAUUUAGAUAGAAUGGAAUUAUUUAACCAACACUUUGAACAGUUAUUAGAGAGGAAAAAACAACAGGAACUUAGGAGGAAACUAAGAGAAGCACAAAAAGCUGCUAAAGAAGAGCAGAAAGAACAAGAAACCAAACCUGAAGAAGUUGAAAUUAUUGAGGAAGAAGAUGAAGUUGUUGAAGAAGUUCCAAAGCAAACAACAACCGAUGACUCUUUGGAGCAAAACACAAAUUCUGUAGAUGAAAACUCAUCAACCGAAAAUAAGAAGAAACCUGAUGUGGAGCAUGAUGAAUUGUAG